CAUUGUGCAUACCGCUAAGUGGAAGAGCUUUCAUUUUAGUUUCUCUGUCUCUCUUUUUCCCGCCCCCACUUUCACUCAUUCCGACAACAUUCUCCAGCCUUUGCUUCUGUCAGGAUCGAGCAAGCCGGGCAUCUCUCUCUGACCCUCUCCUUCUGCCAGGGUCGAUAAGGCGGGACAUCUGCCAGCCUUCUCUUAUAUAUUGUUUAAUGGUGGGAUGGAAAAAUCGGAACCAUUUGGCUCGCAUUUCGGUCGUUGCCUGUGGCUGAGUUCGUGAAGUUAUUCUGUUUCUUCUCCUUUUGGUAAUUUCAGCUGGUGCACUAGAAAAUCAUCAGUGGAGGUGAAGCUUCCCUGAGUUCCCUCCUCUCCCAAAAGGCUUAUGGCCAAAAGGAGGGCUAAUAAACCAAGAAAAGAAUCAUCUGCAGAUGCUGCUAACCAGGAGGAUGUUCAAAUCAAGGAGCCAGAAAAAGCAACAUGCAUAACUAGUUAUUACCUAAUUGAACAUCGAAUCAAUGCAAUGCGUGCAAUUUGUGAUGCAGAAAUUGCACACUUAUUGAACCAAUUGCAUCUUAUGCGCUCAUACUUUAACAAGAAACAACUUGACACUCCUCUCAUAGACUUUCUCAAGGAAAAUUGCCCCAAUGUGUUAGUGACAAAAGCUACGGAAGAUGGAGAAUAUGAACUGUAUUGGAAGACAUCCACCAAAUAUCCAGAUCAUGAGGACAUUUUUCCAGGAAAUGAUGGUUUUGAAUUUUCGAGUAAAGCAGUGAGAGAGAGCUUUUUAAGGACUGCAAGUAUUCAUAUCCCAGAUUUUGUUUUCGAAGAAAACUGGAAUUCUCGGACGGUUGGACUGCAUGAUUCUUUCCAAACUCCUGGGGUUUGUGUAACUAAUCAAAGGCUAUCUGUUGGCACAACCCCUAAAACAUUAAGGUUGCCGAAGCAUGGUGAGAUGCUGCUUUCAGUCCAUGGUUCACCUUUAGGUGUAUAUCGAGAAGGUGGCAUGGAAGCGAUAAGCGAAUCCGGUGACACUUGUAGCUGAUUUCUGGUGGUCAUGUCUUCAAAUUGAAAGUCAAAACAAAAUUCAGGGGAAAGAACCAAUAUUCACCUUAUCUUGUAUACCAACAUGAAUAGAAUAUCUGUAAUUUGCAGCAUGUUUGUUGUUGUUAAUGGCAGCCUGAUCAUGACUGAUGGUUGUACUGAUCAAUUUGAAAUUCGGUUCCAGAAUGUUACUUCACAAACU